GCUCCCUAUGACGUCAACUCGGAGCCGGCGCGGCCGUGACGCGCAGGCCGGGCCGGGCCGGGCCGUGCCUGGCCGGGACAGGGGCGGCGGCGGCGGGCCGGGCCCCGGGAUGGCGAUGUUCCGCAGUCUGGUGGCCUCGGCUCAGCAGCGGCAGCCGCCAGGCGGGCCCGCAGGCGGCGACAGCGGCCUGGAGGCGCAGUACAGCUGUCCCAUCUGCCUGGAAGUCUACCAUCGGCCCGUGGCCAUCGGCAGCUGCGGACACACGUUCUGCGGGGAGUGCCUCCAGCCGUGCCUGCAGGUGCCGUCUCCCCUGUGCCCGCUGUGCCGCCUGCCCUUCGACCCCAAGAAGGUGGACAAGGCCGCCCACGUGGAGAAGCAGCUUUCGUCUUACAAGGCACCCUGCCGGGGCUGCAGUAAGAAGGUACCACAGCCUCCCUAGCCCGGGGGCUCCAGUGGGCGCGCAGGGGAGCUGGGCACGGGCCACUCCCUUCCCUGUUGAGCAGCCCGCCGCUCCACUCGCUUCCUGCGGGCCCUGCGUGUGGCCUGGGCUCCGGGCUGUGGCUGGCGCAGGGACACAGGCUGAGCUGAGCCCACCCUGAUGCAGCCUCGACACCCCAGUGACCCCCGCACUGCAGGCGGCGACUGCAGUGGGGCCCAGCCCGCCCACCCUGUCCCGGCACCCGCUGCCCGCUCAGGCGGGCACACCACUCUGCGGGGGACCCGGCCCGGGAACGGAGUGGCAAGUUCGGUUUUCAGAUUUUGCCAUCGCUCGGGUUAACUCGGGUUAACGAGUUCUUCCGCGUUAUCACAGUAGGCAGCAGCCCUGUUGCUUUGUCCUCAAGGUCGAAGGUCAGACUGUCCAGGGGCCGCCCUGAGCUCGCAGCGAGGGGCCGCCGUGGCCUCCUUCAGGCGCACGUGCCCCUCCCUCCCGGCAUGAGAGCGGAGCAGGCUGUCGGCUCUGGUGUGAGGUGGCCCCCACCCUUGGCCUCGGUUCCGUCAUGGUCGUGGUUCCGUCCACACGUGCGGGCCCAGCGGGGCAGGCUUGCUCCGGGCCCCCGGGCCUGGGCAGAGCGGGGGCCGGGCCGGCAUCGGGAGGACCCCUCGUGGAGGCAGCUGCCCCUCCUGCUCCCUCUCCGCCUCCUCGGUGCUGGGAACUAGGUUCCCGUGUGGCCGCCCGGGAGGGCUGCCGCGCCUCUUCCGCCUCGGGUCAUUCCGGCCGGCCUGCUCCCGGCAGCCCAGCCGGCGCGCCUCCCCUGCCCCGCGCUGAGCCGGUCCCGCCUUCGGCCAGAACGGGCCACCCGGGCAGCCGAGAAGCUUGUAUCUUGUUCGGGUUCCUACCUCUUGGUAAAGAGUUCGCUGGACGUUCGACUGUCCAGAAUUUUGCCUGCUGGCUCCCGUUACAAGGGGUGUUUUCUCCCAAAUAGACACCCUCCCUGUCCCCUCGCGGGCCGCCCCUCGCCUGCGGCUCCCCAGGGCCCGGAGGCCCG